ACUUCGAAAAGUACAACCCCACCAAUCCAGGUCUAUUUUAAUAUGCUCGUGCUUGAAAUUUCUCGGCUGUCAGAACACAAAACCAAGACACAAGUCUCUUUUAGAGAGAUGGGCUUGUUUAUAAUUUAUAUGUUGUCAAUGGUGAGGAAGUGAGCACAAACUUUGGGUUUUCUUUGAAUUAGUUCUUCUGUUUUGUAUGGACAUGAAGAGAGAUUCAGUUCCAUGGACAAAACAGAGGAAUGAACCAUGUUCUACAAUUCAUCCCACAAUAAGACAACACGAAUGCAUACAAGCACAAAUUGUUGUACCAAAACAAACAACAGAGCAAGAUCAUUCCUCAAAUCUAGCUUCCUCUUCUUCCCACAAUACUGCCUCAAUCAUUCCCACGCUUCUCGUUGCUUUCCUUCUUGUAACUUCCUUGCUUAGCCCUGCCCUGUCCCUCUCUAUUGUGUCAGAUUCCAGCCACUCCCUGCUGGCUAACCAAACUUUUCACCCAGGUUCUGAGUUGCUCAAGCUGAAGAGUGUCAGAGGUUAUCUCAGGAAGAUCAACAAACCUGCUCUGAAGACAAUUCAGAGCCCUGAUGGUGAUGUUAUAGACUGCGUGCUGUCUCAUCUCCAACCAGCCUUUGACCAUCCUCAGCUGAGAGGACAGAAACCAUUGGAUCCACCGGAAAGGCCAAAAGGCCAUGACACUGCAGAUACAGUGGCGGAGAGCUUGCAGCUAUGGACAGAAUCUGGUGAAUCCUGCCCAGAGGGUACUGUUCCAAUCAGAAGAACAACAGAAGAAGAUAUUUUAAGAGCAAGUUCUGUUAGAAGAUAUGGAAGAAAACCAACAAGACAUGUUAGAAGAGACUCUACAGGCAGUGGUCAUGAGCAUGCAGUUCUAUUUGUAAAUGGAGAUCAGUAUUAUGGAGCAAAGGCCAGCAUAAACGUGUGGGCGCCCCACGUAACUGAUCAAUAUGAAUUCAGCUUGACACAAAUAUGGGUCAUUUCUGGUUCCUUUGGCAAUGAUCUAAAUACCAUUGAAGCUGGUUGGCAGGUUAGCCCUGAGCUGUAUGGAGACAAUAAUCCAAGGUUCUUCACUUAUUGGACGACCGAUGCAUACCAAACAACUGGAUGUUACAAUUUACUGUGCUCAGGCUUCAUCCAAACCAACAACAAGGUUGCUAUUGGAGCAGCAAUCUCUCCAAGGUCCUCCUACAAUGGUAGACAAUUUGAUAUUGGCGUAAUGGUUUGGAAGGAUCCAAAGCACGGACAUUGGUGGCUGGAAUUUGGAUCCGGUCUGCUUGUUGGAUAUUGGCCUGCAUUCCUUUUCAGUCACUUAAGAAGCCAUGCUAGCAUGAUACAAUUUGGGGGAGAGAUUGUAAAUUCUAGAUCUUCAGGCUUUCACACAUCUACUCAAAUGGGUAGCGGCCAUUUUGCAGAAGAAGGAUUUGGAAAAGCAUCCUAUUUCAGAAACUUGCAAGCUGUUGACUGGGAUAAUAACUUGCUUCCUCUAACAAACCUUCAUCUCUUGGCUGAUCAUCCAAGUUGUUAUGAUAUAAAGCAAGUGUGGAAUAACGCAUGGGGAACUCAUUUUUUUUAUGGGGGUCCUGGAAAGAAUGUAAGAUGUCCUUGAAGAAAACGUCGGCACAGGAUAGAGCUAUAGCUUAAUACCGUAGGAAAAUGUUAUAUACUACACUUUCAUUCUAUUACUAUUUUACUGUGAUGAUGUGGCAUUAUCUAUAACGUUUGAAUUUUUUAUUUUAAAAUACAAGAGCUGGCCUAAUCGUUGAUAGACAAUGCCACAUCAAUACAAUCUGGUGGAACUGAGAUGAGAGUAUAGUAUAUAAUUUAGAUUUCAUUUU